AUGGGACAUGAAAGGACGCUGACGAUGAUUUGGGAUGGACUCGGCGAUGACGACGAAGACGACCGAUUUUUCGAAACUUCUGUCCGAACCUCCAGCGCCGUGCCGCUGGACUUGGCGUCUUCGUGUUCCGACGACGACGAUGAUGAAGAAUUUGAAGAUUCGCGCAUGUCAUUUGCUUCUGUUGUGUCGGCUGUUCAACACCAUCAGAAAUUCGCCAACUCAGCCGCCGCCGCCGCUCCUCCCGGCCUCGACGGGGUGAUGUCACGUGAUUACAACGUGUGGAUGAUGGAGCCGGGCUCCAUAAACGAACGGAGAAAGCGACUUUUUCAAGAUAUGGGAUUGUCCAACGACAAAAAGCUUCUUAGUUUCAAAGAUCCUGUGAAUAAGAAUAACAAGAAUAAUAAAAACGACAAUAAUAGUCAUGGAGAUUCUAAAGCUUCCAGCACUCCACAACAAUCCACCCGCAACGUAACGUUAGUGCUGGAAAAGUCAAGGUCAGACGGCGACAUUAAAGCCUUAAGUUUCGAGAAAAGAAGAAAAGAGGAAUUCAUUGGGGAAAUUUCGAAACAGAGAUUGAGGAGAACGUCAUCUAUGGUUUUAGCGCAAAAUGCGCGGAUAAAUCCGUACGAGGAAUCUCUUAGAGAAGCGAAUAAUGACGGUGGGGCCGCUCGGCGUCGGCCAAUCCGACUUGCCGCAUCGGCGUUGACGUCGGUAUUGUCGAAUAAUAAACUAGGAGGUGUUUUCGUGAUAAAGAAUUUGGAUACAGGCAAAGAGUUUGUUGUUAAUGAGAAUAAUGAGAAGGGAAUGUGGACUAUGCUUAGUGAUUUGCAGACGGGAAAGCAAGUAACAAUGGAGGAAUUCGAGAAAUCGGCGGGGUAUUCACCUGUUGUUAAGGAGCUAUUGAGGAGAGAAAGUGUGUCUAAGAUUUAUGAGAAUUUAUCUAAUAAUGUUAAGAAACUUGGGGCGAAUUCGUAUUUUUCAAAGAGUUUGAGAAUGAGCAAGAGAAGGGGGGCUGCAUUGUUGAAGAAUAUAAAAGGUGUGGCGAAACAACCGAAACAAAGCACUGCUAAUAACUGGGUUAAAGUUAGGCAGACAGGGAAAUCUCAUAAGGAACUGAGUGCUUUGCAUUUAUGUCAAGAAAUUCAAGCGCAUGAGGGGUCUAUUUGGAGCAUUAAGUUCAGUUUAGAUGCGAGGUUUCUGGCUAGUGCAGGGGAAGAUACAGUAAUACAUGUGUGGGAAGCGCAAGAAUGUGAAGUUUUGUCGAUGAAUGAAGGGAAUUUGACCCCAAUUCAUCCCUCAAUGGUUGCUUCACCUGAUAGAUUGGAGGGUUCAGAGAAGAAAAAGAAGGGAUCAAAAGGCAGCCCUUAUUAUGUUCAUGUUCCAGAAACUGUGUUUUCACUUUCAGAGAAACCAGUUUGCACUUUCAGAGGUCAUUUGGAAGAUGUUUUGGACCUCUCCUGGUCCAGGUCUCAGUUACUGCUUUCAUCUUCAAUGGACAAAACUGUUCGGUUGUGGGAUUUGGAAUCCAAGAGCUGUUUAAAGCUGUUUGCUCACAAUGAUUAUGUAACUUGCAUACAGUUCAAUCCUGUAGAUGAGAAUUAUUUUUUAAGUGGCUCCCUUGAUGCCAAGGUUAGAAUAUGGAGCAUUCCUGAACGCCUCGUCGUUGACUGGACAGAUCUUCAUGAGAUGGUCACAGCUGCUUGCUACACCCCGGAUGGCCAGAGUGCACUGAUUGGCUCACAUAAAGGGACUUGUCGUAUGUACAGCAUCGAAGAUAGCAAAUUACAUCAACUAAACCAGACCCAAUUUCGAUCCAAGAAGAAGAAGAAGAAGUCUAAUGCCAAAAAGAUCACUGGUUUUGUGUUUUCUCCAAGCAAUCCGUCUGAAGUCCUUGUUACUUCUGCUGAUUCCCGGAUUCGGAUUUUGGAUGGUUUAGACCUUGUUCAUAAAUUUAGAGGCUUCCGAAAUACAAGCAGCCAAAUUUCAGCUUCCUUCAGUUUAGAUGGAAAAUAUGUGGUAUGUGCAAGUGAAGAUUCUCAAGUGUAUGUUUGGAAGCGGGAUGAACAUCGAAAUAUUGUUACCGGAAAAAGAAAUAAGGCCUCAACAACGUCUCAUGAACACUUUCAGUGCAAAGAUGUUUCAGUAGCAAUCACCUGGCCUGGUAAAGUGAAGGGUGAGCCUCCACCAAUGCCAUCGACUUCGAAAAGGCUUGCAAAACGUUUAGGCCAAGACAACUCUUCUUCUGCUAAUGGAUCACCAACCAGAGAAGAAAUGAAGAAACAUCUGCCACCUCUUCCCAAGAAAAACAACAAAAUGGACCAAGGUUCAGAAGAAGACCCUGCUUUAAUUUCUCGAGACGUGGGCAUUGGCGAGUCAUUCAAUUCGAAUUCUUCCUCAAUAAGUUAUGGUGAUUCACCUUCUAUAUCCGCUAGGCAAGAUGAUCCAUCUUCUCUUACUGCCAGUGCUAGUUCAAAUUCUUCCUCGAUGAGGCGUGGCGAUUCAUCAUUUUCAUCUUGGUCUGCCGCUCGGUCUUGGUUUGAUGCUAACCACUCAAACCUUACAAUCCAAGCAACAGCAUGGGGGUUGGUAAUUGUGACGGCCACGCUAGGAGGUGAAAUCAGGAUUUACCAAAAUUUUGGGUUACCACGUAGGUUAGGCCGCCUCUGAGAUCUUACAUUGGCAAGGAUGGGAACAUGAUUUGUGCCAUCUUCGUUCAAGCAAAGAAAUUUUUAGCAGUUACAGAAAAAAAGUAGGAGUUGAGUCCCAG